CAAACACUCUGUGAGGUGAGCUUACUCACUUCUUCACUAUUUCCUUAUUCAUUGGCAUGGAAAAAGUAUUACGCUGGGCACGAUGGAAAGUUCUCCCACAUGCUGAUUUUUUGCAUAUGCAUGGCAGUUGCAGUCCCAGCAGCCAUAGAAGGCCCAACACCCGUUUCAGCCCUCUUACACUCUAGUACUACAGUUGUAGCUGGUGUAUUCCAUUUAAUCCACCUUCACCCCAUCCUAAAAGACAACGAAAUAGCCUUAACUAUUUGUCUAUGCCUCGGAGCACUAACAACACUUUAUAGCCUAUGUGCUCUAACACAAAAUGAUAUUAAAAAAAAUAUUGCUUUCUCAACUUCCAGCCAAUUAGGCCUAAUAAUAGUAACUAUCGGCCUAAACCAACCUCAACUCGCUUUUCUUCAUAUCUCAACCCAUGCCUUUUUUAAAGCUAUACUAUUCCUAGGCUCAGGGGUGAUUAUUCAUAACCUAAACAACGAACAAGACAUUCGAAAAAUAAGGGGUAUACAAAAAAAUUUACCAACCACAGCUACAUGCUUGACUAUCGGAAGCCUCGCCCUUACAGGAACCCCAUUUUUAUCAGGUUUCUACUCAAAAGACACUAUUAUUGAAACUAUAAAUAAUUCCUACCUAAACGCCUGAGCCCUUAUACUUACCCUUUUUGCAACAAUAUUGACUGCCACCUAUACUAUACGAAUAACCUUCUAG